GUUAGGCCUCUCUGUACAAGCACAGAUAGGCUCCGGCUGAAUUGACAGGGUCCCCUAAAUUGUGUCUAUGACGCCUGAUCCAUCGAGUCAAAACCAUUAAGAAGGAGACUGGGUGUGAUGAUAAUGUAUUGAUCAGAUUGUGACGGAUGGCUACUGAGGGUAUAUAAGUGAAGUUUUUUGCCGAGCAGAGGUAGUCCAGAUCUGGCCAUCUAAAGAUAAAGGCACCAUGAUUUCUGUUGCUCUAUUUUACCUCGUAGCUGUGAUUUGUUCUGCCAGACGGACACACGCUCUACCUCUGUACCCUGAUACCAACCUGGAGCCACAGGCAGAUUUCAUUCAGAAAUUAGUGUCAGAGGUGGAGGAUGGACCCAACACUGCUGAGGGGGAGCAGAGAGACGUGAAUAAUCUAUAUCCUCUACUGAUGCAGCACAAUGGAGGGAGAGACUCCUGGAAUAAAGGGGCUAAAGAUUCAGCACAACAAGAUAAGUUUGCCAACAUGGUUGAGGACCUGAAGGAAGCCGUCUUGAAUCUGGCAGCGGCUGACAAGCUUCGUGCUCAGGGUUUUCUCAGAUCAGAGCAGAACUUGCCAAAAACAAACAAAAGAGCAUGUUUCUGGAAAUACUGUGUCACCAACUAGAGCUCAGCAGCGGCAGGACGUUUGGUGUGAUUUCAUCACUGUCGGGUUGGAAACGCCUUCACUCUCCAUUGACAUUUUUGUUUCCCACCAAACAGUAUGUUCAUUGUCUAAACUGGAUCAACAGAAAAUAUAUUUUUGAAGCUGUAAAAUUGUCUUUUUUUGUGGCUGAAAAUAAACUUGAAUGUCAGAAAUGCCAUUUAUGUUACGUGC